CUUCCUUUCUGACACAACACACUCUUCGGACAAAUUUUAUUCGAGAAAACGGUAUACAAUUGAUGGAGUCUCAAAAUGAUAUCGUUCUAAACGACGUGUCCAACUUCUUGGGCAACAACCAAGAUGGAGACGACCAAACACUAGGCGAAGAUCUCACUGGUCUCAAUGAAUUCUCACUGCCACAAGCCGACGGAGGGAAAGAUGCAUGGCUCUUUCUGGCGGCUGGUUUCAUGGCUGAGUUCAUGGUCUGGGGCCUUCCAUUCUCGUUUGGUGUAUUUCAAGAAUAUUACACUACUCAUGAGCCAUUCUCAUCUCAAAGCUCUGGCAUAGCUGUCAUUGGAACAACCGCUACUGGAGUAAUGUAUAUGAUCGGUCUCAUCAUCUUCCCAGCAUACAAACAAUGGCCUCACCUAGCCAGCAUCUCAAAAUGGGCCGGCAUUCCCCUCAUGGCCGCUGGUCUAAUAGGCGCCUCCUUCGCUCAAAGUGUUAACCACCUGAUUGUCACUCAAGGCGUCUUGUACGCCUUAGGAGGCUGUAUAAUCUAUUACCCAAUCUUGAUGUACAUCGACGAAUGGUUUGUCCAACGCAAAGGCCUAGCAUAUGGCAUCAUGUGGGCCGGAACAGGAUUUGGAGGCCUCACCAUCCCGUUCAUUCUGAAUGCGCUACUCUCCAAGUACGGAUUCCGCACGACUCUUCGAAUCUGGGCCCUUGCCCUCCUCGUGCUGGCUCUUCCCCUCGUCCACUUUCUCCGUCCUCGACUCCCAAUCUCCCCAUCCUCCCAGUCACCCCGCUACGGCCUGUCAUUCCUCAAGUCCUCCUCUUUCUGGCUCUUACAGCUUGGCCUAGUAAUCGAAUCCCUAGGCUACUUCAUCCCCUCAAUCUACCUCCCCCUCUUCGCCCGCUCCCUCGGCCUCUCACCAAGCAUCGGCACCCUCCUCAUUGCCCUCCUAAACGCAGCCGGAGUCGUAGCAACCAUCCUAUUCGGCAUGCUCGUCGACCGUUUCCACGUCACGACUGUAAUCCUCCUCUCCAGUCUCGGAACAACCAUUUCUGUGUUUCUUCUCUGGGGCCUCUCCACUGCUUUACCAUUGCUUGUCGUAUUUAGCAUCGUGUACGGCUUCUUUGCUGGUGGAUUUGUGAGUACGAAUGCGGGGGUCAUUAAGUUGGUCAAGCAGGGAGAUGGGAGUGCGGACGUGGGGAUUCUGUUGGGGAUUAUUAGUGCAGCGAGAGGGGUGGGCGCUAUUGCUUCGGGACCAUUGAGUGAUGCUGUUUUGAGAGGAAGGCCGUGGGCGGGUGAGGCAGGUGGCGCGUAUGGAAGUGGUUAUGGUGGUCUGAUUGUGUUUACCGGAGUCAGUGCUGCUGUUGGUGGUGUGGGAUUUCUGGGUAGGAGAUUGGGGUGGGUGUAG